AUGGGUCCUCGCCGAUCUGCUCGAAUUGCUUUGACGAACAUUCGUGGUACUCAUCGCAAUGCUUCUCUUGUUCCAACAACCCCAGAGUGGUUCAUCGACCACUGCGUCAGGAUCGUGGGCGAGGUCAGCGACAAAACUCUAUCGCUCGUCAGCGAGCACGAGCUCGGUAUCGCCGAAUCUGUCUCUACUGAUUACCAGGAGCACAAAUAUAUGCUGCCAAGUAUCAUGUACGAGAGUAUUCAGAGUCUUGUUUACGGCACAAGUGAGGCACGAUCACACUUCGGGUUGGAUUUUCUGCAGCUCGUAUUUCCAUUACACAAUGCUGGCGGGCAUGAAUUCCUCGAAGCCGUUGUUGAGCACUUCGCCAACGACAUUGGAGCGGACCUGGUGCGACUGAACCUCGAGGAUAUCAAAGCACUGGCUGCCAAUUUCUAUCGCGCUGAAACCCCUGAGCAAGGCACAAAGCCCCCGGAGUCUAUUGAUUAUCUAGAAUACUUCUGGGGCGACAACACCCAGACAAAUGACCGCCCUCAGUUUCCCUUUGCGGACCUACUACUGGGGCCAGCAAAGAAGCGGGCGAGUCUAAAUGGCCAUUCUGGAAAAGAGCUUACUGCUUCUGACGAGAAUCGACCUCUCGUUGUCCACGUCCCAAAGGUCCUCGCCUUCUCCAAAGCUCCUCUAUACAGAAAGAUUGGCAAAGCCCUGCAGCAUGCCAUCAAACUAAUCGACAUAGAUGGUGGCCGCGUUCUCAUGAUUGGGUCCGAUACGCAGAAGCCCUGUGAUUGCACCGAUUGUCGCUCUAAGGAACCGGAAAUGCAGAUUCCCGAUGGAGAAGUAUCUAGGCUCGAUUAUGUACUCAAGUCUGGUGUCAUCCCAUCACCAUGGGCCAUCUCCCUCGUGCCCUUGUACUCGGAGUCUCAACGACAACUGUUGGACAGAGAUCGAAUGUCUUACUUCCAGAGGGUGAACAUUUGCCUGUUAAGUAAGGCGAUCGGGUCGCUGUAUCCUGCGCAGCUUAUCACCAAACUCCGUCAUCCGUAUCUUUCAUUGGAUUUUUCGAAUGUGAGAGCUCUGAAAAUCCUAGGGGAGAAGCAGUUCGACAAUUUUCGAGUUCAAAGAAUAGCCCAAAUGGUUGGGGAUUGCAGCGAACCUCAUCGCAUUGAACAAGCUAUUGUUGAGUUUGAAACCUGGGAAGCAAUGCUCAAGCAGUGGCAGUCACAAGAUGAGAUGAAGGGUUGGGAGAAAGCGCCAAAGCAUGUUAGAGAAGUGAUAAGUAAGGUCAUGCAAGACGAUAAUCACUUUAUUGGAGAGAGAAAAUUGUUGAACCACAUCGUCAGACCUGAUGGAGCGUUAGAGACAUGGAAUAGCAUCGAUCUAGCAACAAAUAUCAAAAGGAGAGUAGCAAGGGUGACCGACUUCAAAACAGGACGCUCGCCAGGUUCUCAUGGACUCCUCAAGGACAGCCGUAUUGGUGGGAUGCUGCUCUAUGGUCCUCCUGGCACUGGAAAGACACACCUGGCCCGAGUUCUGGCUACAGAAAGCGGAGCUUCCAUGAUCUGCAUCUCGGCCGCUGAUGUCACAGAUAAAUAUGUUGGCGAAACCGAAAAAGCGAUCAAAGCACUCUUUAACCUGGGCAAGAUGCUCUUUCCAAGCAUAAUUUUCAUCGAUGAGGCUGACGGGCUGCUCGCCUCUCGUAGAGCAUCAAACUACAGCUGGGAUCAUGACAAGAUCAACCAAUUUCUGCAGGAAAUAGACGGGCUGGCACGGGGAAACAAGCAACCGUUUCUCAUACUGGCCACCAAUCAUCCUGAGUGCCUGGAUCACGCAGUCCUCCGCCGUGUUCCUUUCAAGUUCUAUCUCGGCUUCCCGUCACGAGAUUCCAGACACAGAAUCUUGUCAAUCAUACUUCGUGAGGAGCAGAUUGGUAGUGAUGCCGAUCUCAAGGUCAUCGCGGACCGUACGUCCCAAUACACGGGCUCUGAUCUUCGUUCUCUCUGCAUCGAGGCGGCUCAGCUGAGCGAGGAAGAGUUUCGCGAGACUGAUGAUGGAGAAAAGAGAGAUGCCAAGCGCGUGCUGAAGCUGGUACACUUUGACAAGGCCCUCGAAACUAUCCAUCGUUCCGUGCCAGAGAGUGAGAUGAGUACCUUGAAACGAUUUGCGCGCGAAUUCGACCCAGAGGGCCAGAAGGCAAUGCUGGCCGAGGCCAAGACUAAUAUCGAAACCAACUUGCAGGGAUCAAGGCAGCUAUCUUCAUUGGAGUCAAGCGCCGACUCUGAAAAUCCUCGGAAACGGGGCUUUGAUCAGCUGCUGAAUGAUUACUCAGGAACGAGCACCACAACAGUCACUACGGCUAGCGCAAGUACCAUAAUAAAGAUGGGAGAGGACUUGAUAAGUGAGCUUCCAUACAAGAAGCCGUCUCACAGCCAAUAG